UUUAACCUUUAUGUGAUCGAUAUUGGAGCUCAGACAGGUUCUUCUAAUUUUAAAAUGUGUAGCUGAAGUGAAAGUUUUGGAUUGUUAUAUUUAAAUAUCCCUCUCAAGUUAUGUUCUUUGUGGGAGUUAAACCCAACGUGUAAUUCACACCUUAAACUUUGGAGGACCGAUUUUCAUGAUGGCGAGCCUCGCUAAUGUUUUUGCAGACAAAGAAACAAACAACUGGUUUAAAGCAUGCAUUGCGCUGAACAUUACAAAAAAAGGACUUAAGGAUUUCUUUGAUACAGAAAUCAAUAAAGUAUGUGCAGCGGUGGGCAGAAGUUGUGGUCAGUGUUCCAUCGAACACUUACUUCGAUGUCCGACACAGGGACUAUGUCGUCGAAAGACCCGUCAAAUCUGCCAGUUUCAUAACGGGCCUGCUAAUCAGCCCCGUAAUUGCCCAUCCAACGUGUGUCAUCAAGUACAGAAAAAUAUUUUACAAAAACACAGAUUCUCAAAUCCUUCUUGGCGUAAUACACAUGCGGAAAAGUGGGGAUCCGAUCAUUGGGAAGUGGCUAAAUGCUAUCUUCCACCUGAGGGAUAUAGUCAGGUGGCUUCGUUGGAUGAUUGCGAUUUUAAUGGAUUGAUCACUAUCCUUUUGAGUUGCAUACAUUUCGACAACUGCUUUUCCUUCACCAUAUCACCAUUAAGAGGUGAUUGUCUUCUGCAUAAGGUGCGGAAUAUUGGCCGAAUGAUACGCCAUACUGCAAACUGUAAAGUUACAGAUAGUGACCUUGGUGAGUACUUCAUGACCUUGAAAAGCCUUUUGGACGACCCGAUAUGCUUAUCACAAUAUCCUGCCGCUAAGGAAGCCCUCUUCAAUUUAGAAAUGAUAUACAGUGAGAACGAUCCGUUGAAAAAAUCGACAAACGACCAGAACCAGGAUAUCUUUGAAACGCUCAAGAGUUCAAAUGAAGAUGAACAAGAAUCAAAAGAAAACGUAAAGGCUUUUGCAGAUUCUCCAAAGCAAAACAAUCCAAUAAGAGAAAAUGUAUUAAAAAAUUUCAAAUUACGCACUAAGAUCGGAGCAAGUAAAGAAAGCGAAAUGCAAAAUAAGAAAACUGGACAGAACAAAAAGCUUUAUGAUUUAUGUACACAAUUCGGCAGAAAGUCACAAAAACUAAAGGAUGAAUGCCAAACAAUUUGUAAACUUAUUCGGAAGAUUAAGGAUGUGUUGGAUGUUUAUCCUUCUUUUACAGAGAAAGACGAAUAUAGUAUAUAUUUCAUAGUUAGUGUACACAAAAAGUCAGACAUCAUUUUGAAGAGUCUUUCAGAUCUUGAUAUUGAUUAUGUUGUUAAGCAAACUGCUUUUGAUCAUUCUGAAAGAUCUAUUUCACAGCCUGUUAUCGAAUUUCAAAUGAAAGACAGUGAAAUAGAAAUUAUUAAAAUAUGUAUGAAGAACAAUGUACAACGACUUAUUACAAAACAUAAAUACCUCAGCAUUGUUGAAGGAUGUUGUUACAAACUGGAAACUGAAACUGCAUGUGCUACACACUCAUUAAAAUACGAACCUAGGCUAGCGCUAUACGUACUGGCAAAGGGAUACAUUCCAAUCGAUGAGGAUCCCUUUGAACAAUCUUACGAUGGUGUGCGAGUUGCUGUUAGAGAAGGAGUAUUUGUGCCUUUUACAUCUCCGUUACGAAUGGGCAGUGGAAUUCAACGUUGUCUGAGUGGCACUCUUAGCUUUUUUAUUGAGCAUACGCAUGGUCUUUGCUGCUUGACAUCUGCGCAUGUAAUGUUGACAAAAGAUGAACAUGAACAAUGUAAACAAAACAAUGGACAUAUUCAUGCAUUUUUAAGUGAUGCUCAAGUUCGAAGACAAGAUUCAUUGGAAUCGAUCGGAACACUUGUUGAAGCCAUAUGUAAAGAAGGCGGAUUAGCUGAAGCUGGGGUUGAAAUAGCACUCAUUCAGAUGGGCCAAACAUAUGAUAUCGAUGGAGCAUUGUCCACACAAAAAGAUUUAGAAUUUUCAUCUGGAAAAACAUUACAAGCAAAUCUGUGCAAUAGUCGUUGUUUUAAAGUUGGAAAAGAGAGUGGUUUAACUAAAGGCACAAUAAUCAAUAUAGGACAAGCAGGCUUCGUUCGCCAAAUCAUCUCUAUCCCCCAUCUCGGAUACUCGUUUAAUAUGUAUAACCAAAUUCAAGUGAAGCCAUUAACACCAAAAUUUGCCACUGAAGGUGAUUCUGGAGCACCCGUGUUCGUCAAAGAUGGUGACGGACAAAAUGCUUGUAUAGGAAUUGUCUUGGGAGGAAGAUCGGAUGGUGUGAUUUAUGUCACUCCUAUAACGAGGAUUAUUCAAGAACUUGGCAUCACUCAACUGAAAUCGUUUUCUCAAAAUGUUUCGAAAAUCUCGAGUGAUUUGGAAAUUGUAAAACAAGACGUGUCAAUAUUAAAUAGAAAAGUUGAUACGUUGAAUAGCAAUAUUGAAGCAGUCUUAGCACAUCUCCGCCAAAACAGCAAUAAAAACUAGCAUAGUUUGUAACCAUAAAUUUACUGUAAACAAAACAUGUAUAACAGGUCAUAAUAUUAUUUUUUUUUUGCUAUUUAAUUGUAAAAAUAUAGUAAAUAGUUUUUUUUAAAUAAACCAAUAAUACACUAAAAUCGGGUCGCAUCUAUGAUUUAUUUUACUAAUUUUACCAAGUUACUAACUUUUUACGUCCAUCAAUAAUACUGUCCGAUUUACGUUUAUUAUAGUCAUGUAUCAAUCUAAGCAAAUAAUAGUGCUUGCACUUAUAUGACCGUCAAUGGUUUACUGUAUUUAUUGUUCAUAUGGUAUACUGAUGUGGAAUCUACUUCGUUUAUAAUGCCAUAUUAUCCCUGCCGAAAAUAUUUUCGGAAAGGGUAUAGUAAUUGGUCCUGUCUGUCCGUCUGUGCGUCCGUCUUUCCAUCCGAAACUUUAGCCGGGCAUAACUCUAAAUCUACUCUACUUGAAACUUAAAAUAUAAACAGAUGGCAAGUAGGAGAAGUGCAGUGACUUUUCACCAUAACUCUGUAUACCUUAGUUUUUUAAUUACCUCCCUUUAUUUAAUUUCAAAGUCAUUUUUAUCGUGAGUAUAUCUUUAAAUCUACUCAAGGGAUUGACUUGAAACAUUGAAAUAUAAAAAAAAAAUGGAAUAUAGGAGAAAUGCAGUACUAAGAACCAUAAUCUAUCAACCUCAGUUUUUGAAUUAUCUCAUGUAAUUUCAAAGUAAAUUUUCGUCCGGAGCAUCACUCUAAAUCUACGAAAGGGAUUUACUUGAAGCAUGAAAUAUAAUUAGAAGACAAGUAAGAAAGGUGCAUUGACUAAGAACCACAACUCUAUCUACCUUAGUUUUUUAUUAAUCUCCCAUUAUUUAAUUUCAAAGUAUUUUUUUGCUCAAAGCAUUUCUCAAAAUCUACAGAAGGGAUUUACGCGAACCUAGAAAUAUACACUGACGAAAAAUAGUAGAAGUGCAGUGAACAUGAACCAUAACUUUUUCGGCCGUAGUUUUUGAAUUAUCUCCCUUUUUAAUUUUGUAUUUUUUAUUCAUUUAUAUGAAAUUUAUUUAUUAUUUUAAAUUCUCUUUCAUUUUAAUUUAUUGUAGUAAAUAUUUAAGUUUUUCAAUUUUUAAUAUCUCCCUGUGUCUAAUUUUACAAUAAUAGUUUAAUAUGAACAUAAGUAUUCACUGCAAAAUGAAUAUAUAAGUUUAAGAAAAGUACAGUGCUCAAGAACAGUAACUGUUUUUAGUGUUCUGUUUUAAUUGACUCUUUUUUUCAUAUAUUUUAUUCUCUACAGCAUAACUCCAACACUAUAUAACUAAUUGCUACUCGAAAUAUAAAUAGAUGAAACAGCUGCCAUGUUUUCCAAUUAUUAUUCUACUCGAAGAACGAUAAAUUGAUUUACAAAUUUGUUAUCGAAAUAUGAUACGAAUGCAUGUUUUUAAACGAAAAGAAAUUGUGAAGUAAUUUUAUCAUAAGUUUGUUUAUGUACAUAUUUUUGCGACAUAUAAGUGUAGCAGCAGUAGUAUAAUAUUGUUUAUUUUUAUCUGUGUAUAUCUACAUGUAUGUAUUGACUUAAAGUUUAUUCUUUCUAGAUUACACAAGUGAAAAAGUCUUAUGUGAUCACUAGGAUCAAACUUCGAUAUGGGACUGUAUGUUGACUUAUAUUUGAACAUAUUUAUAAUAAUUAAACAUAUAUAAUUUAACUGUGAGUUUAUAUUGUUCUUAGACAUGGCAUAUAUGGAAAGUGUUUGAUCAACGUUUAACUUCUAUAGGUUCGGCUACCAUCAGCUUUAGUUAACUAUUUUGGCCUUUACAGUUCAGAGCAACUCGGCCCUGACAUGCGCAGUUUUGUUUUUGAUAUGUAAACUAAGCAAACAUUAUAUGUAUAGAAACCGUGUUCACUUUAUGAACACUCUCAAAUGUCAAUAUGAUCUUUUGAUAAGCAUAUAGUAAUAUAGUUUGUAGGCAUUCAUUUUAGAUUGUGCUACUUAAGGAAAUCAUUUAUGUUUCUUAGUGUUGUUUCUCUAUGAUGUUUGUCACAGUAUAGUGGUGCGUGUUACCCGUUGCCCUCAAGGCGAAAGAAAAACAUUAAUCAACACUAGCCUGAUUUAUUGAGCGAUUAUUAUAUAUGCAUAUACAAAGUUUUAAACUGCUUUAAAAUAGUUAAUAAGGUUCUUUUACGAGUGAUAAACUUGGCGCAUAUUUUUCGUUUAAAUAACUUGUUCAUGAACAGCAUCUUUUUAAAAAGUAUUCCGUUGUUUUAUUUGAUUCUGUUUUAAAUGUUUUGGAUUGGAAUCAUGUCGUUUGAUGUGUUUAUUUGAAAUAUUUAUGUGUGUCACUGCUUGUUAAAUUAAAACAAUAUUUACUUUUGUACUGUUUGGCUUGACUUUGUUUUUAUAUUCAAUGAUAAGAAAGUUUAUACAUUCAAUGAUAAGAAACUAACAUGGGAAUGAAUAUCACAAGUUGCUGGUAAUGACACAUGUUUACAGUGUUAUUUAUUUUAUCUAAACCUUUGAUUUUAGUAAUUGGCUGUUUGCUUGGUGAUAAGAAUGUUAAAUUCUUUCAGAUUGAAAGUCAGAAUCGCCAAUAUUUAAUAUUUUCAUCUGCCAUUUAAAGUUAUUUUCUGUUUGCAUUUUUCAUCUCAUAUAAAUGUGCGUGUUUCGUGAUUUUAUAUAGUUUUUAUAUUUCAAUUUAGUUGUUACGUAUACAUUGUACCAAUGUGUUCCUACAUCAUAUAAAUGGUUGUUAUGGCUCUGUAUAUAUUUUGAUGUGGGGAUACUGAUAUACUACAAAGGAAAACAAUUAUUUGAUACUAGCCAUGCUUGCCAUUAGACUUCCUAAAAAUAUUUCAAUACCAUAUAAAGGUAUGCGAUUCCUAGUUACUUCGGCAUCUGGAAAGUUAGGACUUUAGUAACUUCGGUAUUCAGUAAUUAUCACGGCACUUGACAUUGGAUAUUUCGGCUGUUAUAGUUAGACGCUUCGGUAAUAUUUUUGUUAACAAAAUAGAUUUGUAUAAAUUAAUACAUUUAUGGUUAAAUAAAUAUAUUUCAACAUACAUUGUAUUGUCAUCGGCACUUACGCUCCGACGCACACUUCGUGUUUACAUAAUAACUUGAUAAAUUAAUUUGGUAAGGGAUAUACAAAUAAGGCAAAGCAAUACAAAUUUUAAGCCAUUUAAUUGUUCUGUUUUAGAAAAUACCAAACCAAAAAACAAAAAAUAACAUACAUGACAUAUACCCUUUAAUUGUCAAUUUAUUAAAGCGCUCUGUUCUUGUAAUACCAAACUCAAUUAACAAGACAUUUACAAUUAAGUGCUUAAAAACUUUGCUCUGGAUAACUGAGGAAACUUACGUGCUGAAGUCUUAAAAUUGUUCACACAAUUGGCAAACGUGGCAUGUGUAUAAACUUUGCAAACUGAUUAAACAUCAAUUAAAUAUGUGAUAAUAUACCAGUGUCGAAGUGACUAACGGUGAAUGCCGAGUUCCGAAGUAGCACUUGUUUAAGAUGCCGAAGAUAGCAGGUGUCAAAGUAACUAAAUACCACCGCCAAAACAUAUUGAUACCGACUUACAACUGUCUAUUUUGCAGCAAUAACACUGGGUAAGAGUUAGGUGCAGACUGCAUAAUUAAUUGCAUUGCGCAGACUGCGGUUGCUUGAAAUACCGGAAUCUACAAAAUCUACCGUUUUAGAUACAAUCUGCGAUACAACGUGAUAUAUUUAUAAUAAAUGCAUAAUUUAUUAAAGUUUAUAUAUUUCCAGAUAUACGAUAAUCAUAUUGUGUUAGUUUAAGUUUUUGCAGAGUGAUUAUAUAAUUGUUGUUGUAUCUUGAGUUUGAGAACAUUGCAAACUCUCACUCAUUCUUGUGUAAAGAAACUUUUUCAUGAUUUUGAGUUCUCAUAGAUAUUUUUAUAUCAAGAAAAUAUAUAUAAUUAUUCCGCAUUCAUAUUUAAGGAGCGAGUAGAAAGCAACUUUUUUAAAAUGGCAAGGUUUAUGACCGUGUAGUUCAGUUUUAAAAGAUUACGCUCAUUAAACAAAGACAUAGCCUUUGAACAUUAUCUUUUAACCUACGGACAUUUGUUUCACGCCAAAGGCUCGCUUACUAACCAAAUUACUGAACUCGUUUAAUAAAAUAUGGUAUGAUAUGACAACAUGUGCCAGAUCUUAUAUGUAUGUAAUCACAUUGCUUUCUAUAUUAUGUACUCUGUACUCAUCUCAAAUAAAACGCCCGUCUUGUCUUGUUA